GCCCCUUCCUCGUCUGCGCGACGCCAUAUAAAAGAUAAAUUUUGACCCCCGCAAUACUCUAGUGCGGUGCCUCCGAAGAAAAACAUGUUACUUUUCAGAAACUUGGCUGUGCUUACCGCCUUCGUGGCAGUUACUUUUGCUCAAGAUUACUAUGACGAUGAACCAAGGGCAAGCAGACCAGCGCCAGCACGUGUACAACCAGGAUAUUCUGGACCGGCUGCACCUAGACCAACUCCUGUUCCUAUUUUGAAACAAAUCAACAGGCAUAACGAAGAUGGUUCCUACACCUACGGCUACGAAGCAGCAGACGGUACAUUCAAAAUCGAAACCAAACUCCCCACUGGGGAAGUGAAGGGAAAAUAUGGUUAUGUGGAUGAUGUCGGCAAAGUACGCGUAGUCGAGUAUGGAGCAACAAAAUAUGGAUUCGAACCAUCAGGAGAAGGCAUCACCGUUCCUCCGCCCACUCUUGUAGAUGAAAGUGCCAAAAAUGCUGUGCAAGAUCAGGAUUAUUACGAACCUCAAGCUCCCGCCAGAAGAGCACCAGCUCCAAGACCAAGGCCACAACCGCAGCAAGACUUCCAAAGUUACUCGCCACCACAACAGUUUGAACCAGCUCCAGCGCCUCCUCGUGCUCAAGUUCCAGGAGCAGCCCCGGCCCCAGCUUCAGUCCAACACAGCAGCUUCGACUUCGGAAUCCCAUCCCGGCCUGCCCCUGAGAGAUCCUUCGCCCCCGCUCCAAGACCUCGCCCAGCACCGGUACAAUUUGCCCAGCCGGCUCCAGCAAAUGACGACUACGAGGCACCAAGGGCACCACCACCAAGGAUAAACUAUGCUCAACCCGCUCCACCAAGGCCGUCUCCACAAUUCGCUCCAGCUCCCGAGAGGUUUGCUCCAGCACCGCGACCAGCACAAUCUUUUGCCCCAAGACCUAGUCCCUCUGUUCCAUCAGGGGGACGAGGAGGUAUUUUGGAUCAACUGAGCAAGGAUUAUGCUCUUCCUUCUGGCGGUUCUACACCCCUCCAUGAUAUCAGUUUCGGGUACUAUUGAGGAGUGGGUUGUUCAUUGUUGUUGAGACAGUUGAGGUUGAAAGGGAAUGUAAAAUAUAUUUCUUUUAUUCACUCAUGUACAUGAUUUGGAAACGGGUUGAAGUAGCCAUUUCUUUUUUUAAAUGUGAAUGAAUAUGGGUGAAUCUUUUCAAUUCCAUUUAUUUCCUUCUUUUUUCUUUCCUUGCUUUGAACUUGGUACGAAAUGAGAAUCUGAGCUUUACGGUUUUCAAUUUCCGUAUUUGCAUGUACCUUCCAAAGUGUCUCCUUUAUUUUCUCUAACAUGCUUGUUCUUUCUUAUUUUAUUGGAAAAUGAAGACAAACUUAAUUUCUAUCGUGUUACUUGGGGUUCAAACUUUCCUCGACUUUUUUUUUUAAACUACUCAGUUUUCAGUUCUUAAUUUCGUAUUUGUUUUCACUAUCUAACUACUGACACAACUGAACAACUUUUCAAUGUUCCUUAUUUGUUCAAAUUAUAUGAUUAAUUGCUUUCUCUCUAACUCUAGCAUAUCUGGAAGUUCUUACUGUGUCUUCCUUCUGUCUGUUUCAAACUUCCAUUCUCACCAGUUGAGAUAUAAAAUUCCACAUAUUCUUUUUUUGAUAUAUCCUUCCAUUCUCAUAUAUACCAACUCAUAAAUUCUACAAAAUAAAAUGAAAUUUAUCCCUCUCUAUUCUUUAUCUUCUUCUCUUUGGUAAUUUUUCCAGUUCCUCCCAUUGAUUUUCACAGUCCACAUUAGAACUUGUUUAUCAUUUAUCUCUAUUUCUAUGUUGAUCUUUUCAGCUUUAUCUUCUUCUUUGAUACAUUUUUUUAUUCAGAUAAUGACCUUCUGAAGAUAAAAAAAUUAUUGAAAAUUUUUUUCUACUCCAAUUUUUUUUUCUUUGAAUUAUUUCACUUUUUUCACAAUAGCCCUUUUUUAUAAGAGCUUUUAAAUUUGCAUGAUAUUUGACUACUUGGCUUACUUUUUCAUUCAUGAAUUUAUUCGAACUCACUUAAAUUUUCUUUUCUUCUACCCUUCAGUUGUUUUCAUUUCGUGAAUAACAGAAAAUAUUUCUAUAUUUCAAAGUUCAUUCUCUCCUCACCUUUCUUCUUAUAUUCUUCUCCAUAAAUCAUUUUCAGAUUUCUUGAUAUUCUUCAUUUCCUUAACUCUGUUUCCCGCUCAAUUUUCACUUUUUUUUUUCAAAAAACUUUUCUAUAUUAUGUCUGUUUGUUUCUAUUGCAUGCUUCUGUUUUUCACCAUUAUUUGUAAAUAUUGUAUUCAAAGUAUCUCCUGAAUUCUAUUUACCUCAUCUUAGUGAAGUUUGGAUUUUUUUCAUGACUUCAACUGCUCUCAACACUUGUAUUGAUAGUCCUGUAUUUCAAGAGAGCUGGUUUUGCUGAUCUAUGGGAGUUUGGUAAAAACAUGGACCCAACAACUUCAGCUCUGUAUUUAUGUUCCAUAGUCUUUGGUCUUAUUAUGAAAUGGAAAAACUAUAAUUUUUAAAGCUUCUGGAUCCUCAGAGCUGAAAUUAUUGAUUUUUUCCUUCGUGAAUAUUAGAUAAAGACUGAAUCGUGAUUAUUUUUUAAAUAUACAAUAUACAUACUGUUGUGCUUUAUUGGAUAUAUAUCGAUUUCACUGUAAAUACGAAUUGUUUUUAUAGCUAAUGCUUGCCUAUUUUCUUAGAACUUCAUUUACUUUCUAUGUUUUGAAUGUUAUGAAUAUAUUAUUUUUCUACACAUAAUGAAAAAAUAAACCAGAUAUUUGAUAAAUUUAUACCAACCAUCUGUUUUGAGCUGUACAAUAUCUGCAAAUUAAAAUAUAUUUAAAUGGUA